AUGGCUACAUUUCAAGUUUAUUUAUUUCUUUUUAUUUCCUACAUUUUGAUAACUGGAGCCGAGGAAAAAUUGUCAAAAUUUGCCAAAAUUUCAGAGAAUGAAGAAGUGAUCCCGCCUUCUGGAGGAAAUUCCUGGUUUCCUGUCCGGAGUAAAAUAUUUUGUUCCACAGUGUGUAUAUCAUUAGGAGUUUCUUGCAAUGGAUUUCAGUUCAAAGGAGAAUCGAAAUACUACAAUGUUUCGAGCAAUACCUGUGCUAUUAUUCAGUAUAAUAUUGUUUUAUAUACUAGACAAGAAUCAGCUGGAAUUUCUGUGUAUCUUCACAAGGAUCAUGCGGAUCAGACUGUUGCGACAUCAGUUUCAACCAGAAAGGCUACGUAUAUAACAUCCGCAAUAGAUACUACUCUCACUACUACUAACGUCCCGACUACAGAUACACCUACUUGUAAUGUUGAUGCGGCUUUAACUCUUCCAGAUAGAAUUGUGCUAUUUUCGGAUUCAAUGGUGUAUUUUUACAGCGAUUUAACUGCUUUAUUCAGUACUCCCUAUAACUCCAUGCCAGUGUCGAGUUUUUUAACCGGCAGCACUGGCAGUGUGGAUGCAGCAUACACGGAUGUUACAUCACAGUAUAUAUUUAUAAUACAAGGAACAGACGUUCAUAAACAUAUACUAUCAGAUGGAAGUUUGGAUUCUAGUGAAACUAUUUCUCAGCACUUUUCACAGCUAUCGACAAUCCCAACACAUAUUGAUGGUGUCAUGUACUAUAACAAUGACGUAAUAGUGAUUUCUAGUGACAUAGUGAGAAGGUACUCGUCAUCAAAAACUGUGUCGGUGUCAACAAAUUCCGCUAACAAUGUCUUUAAGUCAAGCAAUCAUCACCUGGCUCCGUCAGGUGUUACUGCAGUGACGCAAAAUUCGAACGAAGCUUAUAUAUUUUCUAAUUCGCGUGUUUAUAAAUUUACUGCCGGUAAUAAAAAGGGCACAUGGGAAAUUCUGGGCGAUGUUGUUUGUUAA